UGUGACAUUCCUUCUACUUAAUCUUUGGUCCACUGAUGCUUUCAUGCCAACUCCUGUAUUUUCAUUUCAACCUCCAGUCUUUCCUACUGAAGAGAUUGGUUUGGAUCUGUCUGGUUCAUUUGAUGAGUUUGAUUCAGCGCAGUGCGGAUCUCCUCUUAGGGAUGGAUCAUGGAGUCACCAGGAUAUUGUUCGAAGAGCCUGCCUCAAUGUUGUAGCAAAGUUUUAUGAAGAAACAAUGCCUAGAUUAACUACAGGAAGUGUACAAUCACUCCCCCGUCUCACUCCUACAACACUGAUGAGAUCUGUGUUUGGACCUCAAGCAUCUAGUGCCAAGCUUGAGCAAGCAAUUAAAGAUUUGGAAAGAGCAGCAGCUAGAAUGGAUCUGUUUUAUGAAGUGAACACCACACUGGAUCAGGCUGCCAACAUAGCAAGAGUACACUUUGACGAUGAAGAGUUUGAAUUGGGUCAUAAACAUCUACUGCAACUUCGACGUCAAAUGUUCAGUGCUCUCCAACAAGGAUCAGAGUCUGCCGCAAGAGACUUGGCUGGUCGAUAUAUGUUUACUCUCCAAGACUUUUAUGCUCACUCAAAUUAUGUAGAACUAGGACAUGAUGACCCUUUAGUAGAGCUAGGAAUGCCUGGGCCUGUCAACUUUUUGGAAACAGUAGCAGGAAAGAGUGAAGCAACAUGUGAUGAUUGUACGAUUGCUACUGAUACUUUAGCGUGUUCCAAUUCUUGCAAUCAGAACACUGCAAGGUACAACCGUUUGACUAGUGGGUAUCUGUUCUAUGGACCUGACAGAGAAAAACCUAGCGGAAAAUGCAGUCAUGGUGACCCAGUUGAUCAAUCAAGGACACGUUCAGCAACUGGUGGCAUCAAUAAGAGUACAAAAAACUGUAUCAAAUCUCCUCAUUAUGAUCUUCAUGAAAAGGCAGCCCAGCUUGCAAUCAAGGCAACAGAAAAUUUUCUUUUGUCUAUCCGUGUUGUUGUUGGUGAUGACAAAUUUCUCCAAUUUUUCUCUCUUGGCACAACUGUGCAAGGGUCUUCUCUGUGUUUUGUUGUUGACCAGUCUGGGAGCAUGGGAGAUGACAUUGUUGCUGUACGUAAUCGAGCAAAGCAGAUUGUUCAGAGCAGCAGCCAACCAUACAACUACAUUCUUGUCCAAUUCAAUGAUGAUGAUCAGACUCCAGCAUUUGGACCUCCCAUUGUGACUCAAGAGUCAAAUGAGUUUCUGAAUUAUUUGGACAAUCUACGUGCUAAUGGUGGUGGUGACUGUCCUGAGUUAGCAAUGAGUGGAUUACAACUGGCUCUAAUCAACUGUCUUCCAGGCUCUCCAAUCUAUGUGUUUACCGAUGCUGGGGCUAAAGAUCCUGACCUAAGGGCUACCAUAUUCAGUCUGAUUGAUAGUCGCAAGAGUCAGGUGAACUUUUUCUAUACUGGUUCUUCCCCUCCAUGUGGUGAUGCGCCAGAUCUUUUCUCUGCUAUUGCAUCUCGUUCUGGUGGACAAUUCUUAAGUAUUACAAAGGAUGCUGUUGUUGAAGCAACAACCAUAACACAAUUAUCAACUGAUGAGUCUCAGGUAGUACUCUUGACAGCAUCAAGUAAUGCAAACAGCAAGACUUACAACAUUUUGGUCGAUUGCACAGUGACUGGGCUAGUUAUUUCUCUCAGUGGAGCUAAUCCUCAAGCAGAAGUGACAGGUCCAAAUGGUGUUGUUAGUGGUGAGAGAGUUUCCUUGCCAAAUGUUCUGGUCAUUACUGUCACAUCUCCAGCAGCAGGAAAUUGGAUGAUUAAGACAUCAUUUAGUAGUGGUGAUCACUCAAUUAGCGUCAAGGCAUCUAGCACUAUUGAUUUUUCACACGAAUUUGUGACCAUUGAUGGACGUCCAGGGCAUUGUGGUGUUUUUCCACUCAGUGGUCUUCCUAUAGCAGAUACUCUGAGUAAGGUAAUAUAUUCUGUUCGUGGGUUGGAAGACAUUGUCUCUGUGGAUGGUGUUGAUUUAAUUGACACUGAAGGGGGCAUAAUUGACAGCAUUGACCUUGAGAAAGGUCCAGUUCACUCCACACAUUUAUAUGGUGCUGCCUUCAUUCCACCCAGCCAAGAUUUUCGUUUUCGUUUACAUGGUUAUGAUAAAUGUGGCAAUCAAUUUACUCGAAUUUCAACGACAACAGCCAAAGCUCAGACAGUUGCAUUCAGUCCUAAGGGUAACAUUGAAAGUGUAGUCAGUCCUGGUAAAUUCACUAAUGCAACAUUUGAGCUGUACAACAGCGGAGAGACAAGCGACUUUGAUGUAGAAGUUCGUGAUGAUCUUGGUACUUUAGAAAGUCUUGACGUAGAAAUUUUAGAUGUUGGUUUUGAUGAUUUGCUUGGAGGCAGACGUCGUCGUGGCAGUUCUCGAUUGGUGAAAACAGUUACAUUGAAACGAAACCAGGCAGCUAAAGUGACUGUGACAUUUGGAUUUUCCAAUGAAGCAAAAAUUGGCAGUGUGAACACAGCUACUAUUACUGCUUCAUCUCAAGACGGAAAAACAUUCAACUAUGCUGUCUUGCAAAUUGCUGUUGUUCCAGAAGUGGAUGAUGAAACACCACCAACUUGCAACAUACUGUCGAACACAGCUUGUGAUGACGUACAGGUUCACUACUGCAAUGAGAGUACAUGGGAGGUGACAGCAAGCAUUCAGGACACUGGUGUUGGGCUGCAGAAUGUAAGGAGUCGUCAAAGAGAUGUGCAGUUUUCUCAUGCAGCAUUUGAGAGUGCAACAACUUCUAGCGUGGAUAUAGUUGCAAUAUCAUCUUGCUGUCAGCUAUCAAUAGAUAUUGAGACAUCUGAUGUAGUGGGUAAUCUUAAGACUUGUGGAGUUGCUAUACCACCGGGAAUAGAAGACAGUGACAUCUCUCUAGAGACUAUACUGUUGCCUGUCAAUCGCUCGGGAGUUGUUGUAGCUCGUAUUGCUGUUGUGAAUAGAACAACCUUGUUUUACUCAGUUAAUGCCACUGGUGUGCGUGCUACUGCAUUUCGUCUAUCAACUCCUGAAGGAAUCGUUUUUACUAUUGGUGGUUUAACUGCAGGAAAAACACUAUCUGGAUACCAUGAAAUAGAAGGACGCCAUGUGCCUAGCAUAUAUUCUCGCCAAGCUACAGUGUCACUGGUGUCAAAUGAGUUUCCAGCAGAAGAGAUUGAAAGUAAACUAGUUCGUGAUGGUCCUUCAAUUGUUCCUGAAUUCACUGCUCUUUUGGAGUGUUUCGUGUCAGAUGGGUUGUGCAAAUAUGGUGGAUAUGCAACUAUUAGUUUGAACACAGCAAACUCAUUGGUUACUAUAUCCUUGGUGUUGCAACAUCAACCUGCUACACGUCUUUAUGCAGAACUGCUGCUACGACCAGAUGAAAGCAAACAACCUCUAUUUGACAUUAAUUUUCCUAUCAUGCGGGCUGUUUCUUCUCUUGUGGCUACCGAUAAAUCUGGAGUUACCACAAUCUCAAAGGAAAUGCAGCUUACGUCUCUGUUUGCCCAAUAUCUUCGAGUAGGAGAGCUGUCUAUUGUCGUUGUUGUUGAUGAUGUUACUCUUCAAGGAAAGUUUAAUGGGGUGUGUGGAGCAUGUGAAAGUGAUGAUCAACCAGUCUGUGCAUCAAAUGGUCAAACAUUUAUAACAGAAUGUGCACUGAAGACAGAAGUAUGUGUGAAUAGUUCAGAUGUAUUCAUGCUUUACAAAGGACGUUGUCAAGGUAACUAUAUUGAACAGGGUCAAACUGAAUUCAUGACAUCAUCAAGUGAACAUUGCAAGGUUAUGUCUAUACCACACACUCGACUGUACCCUCAUAAGGACACCAAAGUUAUACUAUCAGUCAGUGAUCCAAAGGCAACUGUAGCACCUGCUGUGUGGACUAGAAGAGUUACUCACAAAGAAGUGGAGGUGUGUGUCAGACGACGAAGAUCAGAAAGCAAUGGUCGCCAAUUUCAUGUCGAGUGGCUGUUGUAUCAAGAUGCUCCAACAGGGACACGAGCAGGCAGCAUAACAAUGAGACCAUUUGGUGCAGGCACUGUUUGCCAGAGAGUGUCUACAUUGCAAUUCAACCUUAAGAGAAAACCAGUUGUUCUGGCUGCUGUAGAUGCAACGAAAGUCAUUGGAAGUUAUGAACCGGUUACUGUCUUUGUGGAGUCGGUGACACUGUCAUCAUUCUUGCUUUGUGUUAACGAACUCCGAUUGUACUCAGGCAUUCAUGCCAACAUAACUGUGAACUGGGUUCUAAUUCCAUUUGAGAGUGGUACAAUUGAAGGGUUAAAGAGUGAGUCAAACUCUGUUGGAUACUUCGAGUUCUCUGAGGGGAUCAAGUUUGCUGCCUGCAAGUGGCAGAGUUUCUAUCAAACAUAUGCCAGGCCACCCAAAGUUAUCGUCACACCACGAUAUGCUUAUGGCUUAACAUGCCAACAUAGCCUUCUAGCAUGGACAGAGAAUGUGACUCGGUUUGGAUUCAGUAGCUGUGUCACUCAAAUUUUAUGGUAUUGUUUUCCAAGAAAUAGGGUUGAGGUCUCAUGGCUUGCAAUUGACGAUGCUUGUCUCAAUGGUUGGGUUGAACUGAAUGGUUACUGUCACAAAGCCAGUGAUACUUGUUUGCCAUACCGCCAGGCAACAGCACGCUGCUCGGUCAUCAGUAGAACAGCAAGAGUAGCUGUAGUUGAUGGCUAUGCUCACAAUUUUUUUCUUGGACAAUUUACUCAAAAUCCAUGGGUUAAUGUCAAUUUCUUCAGUAUGUUCAAUAAUUGGGGGAAUGAUCAAGAGUAUCAGGAAACUUACUGCCCAUUUAUAUCAAAUGAUGGUAACUAUACAUGGAAGAACGAUAACUGCAGCAAAUGUCACAAUGUCGUAUGUCAGACUGAUAUUGACGAGUGUACUCUGGGACUGCACAAUUGUCAUUUGAAUGCCACAUGCACCAACACAUUUGGUGGAUUCCAGUGUGCAUGUAAUGCUCCUGCUUUUAGAGGAAAUGGAACCCAUUGCAAAAUCGACAGAUGUGUUACUAACAUGCACAGAUGCCAUGAACAUGCAACCUGCAAUAUCAAAGAUAAUUUGAGAGGAUACACUUGUACUUGUAAUCAUAAUUAUGUUGGAAAUGGGUUCUUCUGUGAUCUGGAUGAAUGUGCUGAUGGAAGUCACAACUGCCACAGCGAAGCAGUUUGUGGCAAUAUUAAUAGUGGAUACAAAUGCAGGUGUAAUGUAGGAUAUACAGGGAAUGGAUUUUCAUGUGUCAAAUGCCCUGUGAGAAAGAAGGAAAAUCAGCUUUAUUAUGCUACUACAACAAGGCGCACUGAUAAGCCAUGUUUAAUUUUCUCUCGCUGUACUGAAUACAAGCUUGUACAGGUUGCCCAAUACCGGACAAGGUACUAUGAUAGUUGGACUGGUUGCAGGAGUUAUUGAACUGUUCGUCUGCACAUUUCAGUACAUCAACAGUUACUGUACUGUUGGUAUCUGAGUUGUUUUGUGUUGUGUGCCAUUUCAUAUGCAUGUGCCAUUUCUAUGUGUCAUUUCUGUGUGCCAUUUCUAUAUGUCAUUAGCUCAAUCGUUUUGAACUGUGCUCACCGCUAAUUAAA